GUGGGUCCACCGAGGUCUGUUGUCACGAGUGCCCGCACUUCGAGACUAAUAGAGAAUGAAAAGUUCUUUCCUCUUUUUUUGUAGCAGCCUGUUCUCUGGUGCCGACUGUGCCCACUGGCGAGCUGGAGAGAAAAGAAAAGACAGGACAAUCGGCUUUUGAGGGUCAGAGAAGAAAAGAAAACGCAGAGUUAAUUCUGAAAGGUUUUCUGUCCACACGUGACCUAGGUGACUCUGUCCUGAAGACCUAUGGAGCCUGCUACUUCCCUGCAUUCUUGCCCGUUAGCCUCCCUUCUCUUCUUCCUGGUCCUCAGCCCGUUUGUGCUGGUCUCAGCCCAGUUUGCUGUCAUGGGGCCAGCUGAGCCCCUCCUGGCCAUGGUAGGAGAGAAUACCACGCUGCACUGCCAUCUGUCACCAGAGAGAAGCGCUGAAGACAUGGAGGUGCGCUGGUUCCGGGGGCAAUUCUCCCCUGCGGUGCUGGUGUACAAGGGCCGUCGAGAGAGGACGGAAGAGCAGAUGGAGGCGUACCAGGGAAGAACCACCUUCGUGAGCACAGACAUCAGCAAGGGGAGGGUGGCGCUCCUCAUCCACAGCGUCACGGCCUACGACAAUGGCAUCUACUGCUGCUACUUCCAGGAAGGCAGGUCCUAUGAUCAGGCCAUCCUGAGGCUCAUGGUGGCAAGCCUGGGUUCUAAGCCCGUCAUUAACAUGGAGACCCUAGAGGAUGGGAGCAUCCUGCUAGAGUGCACAUCUAAAGGGUGGUACCCAGAGCCCCGAGCCGUGUGGAGAGGCCCCUAUGAUGAAGUUGUGCCUGCCCUGGAGGAAGAGUAUGCAGCCAACAGAGAAGGCCUCUUCACAGUCGCCAUGACUGUGGCCAUCAGGGACUGCUCUGUGAGGAACAUGACCUGCUCUGUCAACAACACCCUGCUCAGCCAGGAGAUAGAAAGCGUGAUUUUCAUUCCAGAACCCGUUUUCGAGCCCAGCCUUCCUCUCUGGAUGGUGGCCAUGGCCGUCACUCUGCCUAUGGUAAUGCUGAUCCUCCUCACAUCUGCAAGCCUCUGCCUUGUCAAGAAACACCAGAGGAAGAAAUCGAUUCUGUCAGCUGAAAAGCAAGUUGAAUACGAAGAAAAAGAAACUGCACGACAACUUCAAGAAGAACUGAGAUGGAGAAGAACCCUCUUGCAUGCCGCUGAUGUGGUCCUGGACCCAGAUACCGCUCAUCCUGAGCUCUUCCUGUCAGAUGACCAGAGAAGUGUAAGACGAGGCCCUUCGAGGCAGAGCUUGCCUGACAAUCCUGAGAGAUUUGAUUGCCGGCCAUGUGUCCUAGGCCGGGAGAGCUUCACCUCGGGGAAGCAUUACUGGGAGGUGGAGGUGGAAAACGUAAUGGUGUGGGCCAUUGGCGUUUGUAGGGACAGUGUUGAAAGGAAAGGGGAGGCCCUGUUGGUUCCUCAGAAUGGCUUCUGGACCCUGGAGAUGUUUGGAAGCCAGUACCGAGCCCUGUCCUCCCCAGAAAAGAUCAUACCCCUGAAAGAGCGACUUCACCGAGUAGCCGUCUUCCUGGACUGCGAAGGUGGCGAUGUUUCCUUCUACAACAUGCGAGACAGAUCACAUAUCUACACAUGUCCUCCUGUGGCCUUCGCUGGGCCCCUGAGACCCUUCUUUAGGCUCGGUUCCGAUGACAGUCCCCUCUUCAUCUGUCCAGCAUUCGCAGGGGCGCAGGGAGUUAUAAUACCUGAGGGCGGCCUGGUUCUGUAUAGGACAAGGCCAGUUUCUCAGAGCCACGGAAGGAAGACAUAGUUCUCAGGACAGCUGGUGGAGAGCAGACCCCGUGUCCCUCAGGUCACCCGGAAGCAUCUUCCAGCUGCCUCCUUCACACACCUCAGUUUACGCCCUUGCCCUUCAGUAGUUCAUUUUCUUCUAACUCUCGGCCUAGCUAGAUUCAUCCUUGGGGGACUACUGCUAUGACCCAUCUUUCUCAGGGGAGGAAAGUGUGAGAAGGGGAGUGGCAGAAACUUCAGAGCUUCAACAUGAUGCACUCUGGCCACCGUAAGAUCAACAGAGUGCAUCAGGAUGUAAGAGGAGAGAACUGCAGAGGAAGGAGACAGAGAAAUACAAAUCGAGGCCAUAGGUGGAGGAAAUCACCUGGAGAACUAGGGGGGUAGGCCCAUAUGACAGCUGUGGGUAGGUAGGAGCUAAUGGUCCAUUGAGAUCCGAAGCCAAAGAUUGACAUAUCGUGUAGUAAGGAUGUCUGGCGUGUGUGUGUGCAGGCCUACACAUGGGAGGGAAAAUGAGCAGUGACGGUGUAAGCUGGCUCAGGCUUCCCUGCAGUAAACACUCAGUUCUGAGUUCCCGUGUCAGUGCUCGGUAAGAACGGCUUGAGACUUAAGCUCCUUGCUGAGCAGCCAGGGCCAUAUAACCCAGGUUUACUGGAGGUAGCAGCAGUUCAAGUGUCUUAGGCUCAGAAUGUCUUCCUUUACCCCAACGGCGUCCUCCUUCUUCAAGAUAGGUCCUCACCAUGUAGGCCAGGCUGGCCUGGAAUCCCAGAGACUGGCAUCCCUCCACCUCUGGAGUGCUGGGAUUAAAGACAUGCUCAACCGAGCCUAGUUUAUGAUCUUAUGAUGUACAGAAAUUGUUAAGCGUUUGUUCUCCUGGGUUAAUACCUGUUGAGAUUUAUCUUGGUUUUACUCUAGUCACAGUCUCACUGUAUGGCACUGCUCUGGACUCUUUCAGCCCAUUUCUUUUGUUGUUGUUCUUUUCAAGACAGGAUCUCACUGUAGCUCUAGCUGUCCUGGAACUCACCAUGUACAGCAGGAUGGCCUUGACCUCACAGAUCUGCAUCUGCCUCCUGAGUGCUGGGGUUAACUGUGUGUUCCACUAUGCCUGGCUUUAUCCCAUGUCUUCAGUGUGGGGAUUAUAGGCUUAUGCUACCAUGCCUGACUAAUGUCUGUUUCUGCUUAUGGCAUUUGAAGUUGAAAACAGAAAAACAACUGCAUGAAUCCAUUUACGUGAAAACAGUAAUAAGCUAAUCACAGUUUCAUAUGAACAGUAUAUGUCUUAUUUAAAAAGUUGUUUCUGAGCUGGGUAGUGGUGACACCAGUACUCAGGAGGUAGAGACGGGCAAAUCUCUGGGUUUGAGGCCAGCCUAGUCUACAGAGUGAGUUCCAGGACAGCCAAGGCUACACAGAAAAACACUGUGUGUGUGUGUGUGGGGGGGAACAAAGUUGUUUCUAUGAUCUGGAAUGAACUACAAUCUAGAAAUACAAGGAAUACCUCUGAGAGAUUUCCUACUUGGUUUGCAGUAGGUAAGUCUCCUUCUAGUCCAUACUUUUGAGGAAAAAAGUCACAUAUUGCUGAUCCCAGAGCUUGAGGCAGGAAGACCCACACACACCUUUAAUCUGGGCCUUCUGCUGCACAUCAGUAUAAGAACACAGAAGAAGAAGGUUUUUGCUUUUUGCCUGCUUUCCCUUACCUUGCCAGCACAUCCAUUCCUUCACUAGUAUUGGAGCCUACUUCUUUGGGAUUCCAGCAUACACAGAAGACCAGCCUUGUGGACUGAGCAACUACCCAAUUCUUGUACUUUCUAUUCACAGCCAGCCAUUGUUGAAUUAGCUGGAUUGGGAGAGGGUCAUUCUAUAAAUUCUGUUACUCUAGAGAACUCUGACUAAUACAGUUUCUAAAGCAAAAUAUAUUUUAUCAAAAUAGUAUUAAAUAAUAAAAAGAAUUAUCUAAGCUUUUAAAAAUCUAAUGAAUGGUUAACCAAAAGAGAGCCAUGUUGUCAUAUCUGCCUUUUUUCAUUUAAUUUGUUGGCCUACCAAAGGACGUACAAGGUCUAGGGAACUACAGUGUACUCUAGAGAGUGACAAUGCCUUAUUAGAAAACAAAUAUUAACCUUACAGACCCCUGAGCUAUGCCCCCACCCCCCCGUUCCUAAACUAAGGUGCCUGAACAGAUACAUUGGGAUUCUGGUUGGUUUUUUUGUCAACUUGACACUAGCUAGAAUCAUUUGAGAAGAGGGAACUUCCAUGGAGAAGGUGCCCCACACUAGACUGGCCUGUGGGCAAAGCCUAUGGGGCAUUUUCCUGAUUAAUGAUCGACGUAGAAGGGCCCAGCCCUUUGUGGGGGUACCGCAUGAGGCAUGUGGUCCAGAGAGACACUAUAAAGCAGGCUGAGCAAGCCAUGCAGAACAAGGCAGUAUGCAGCAGUUCUCCACGCCCUCUGCUUCAGUUCCUGCCUCCACUUCCCUUCAGGAUGGAUUAUGAUCUGGAUAUAUUAGCCAAAACAAACCCUUUUCUCCCAAAGUUGCUUUUUGGUCAUGGUGGUUUGUCCCAGCAAUACAAACCCUAACCAAGACAAUCAGUCUCCAGUUUACAGCAAUAUCCUAAGCCUGUCAACACAUUCAUGCUUUUUCAGUUAAUCAUCCCUUAUUUUUAUGGGAUCUUUGAAGCUUAAAAUUAAUAAAUUUUGAUUGUUGGUUGAAACUACACAAGCCCAGCUCUGUGCUUGAUACUAAGAGAAUAUUAAACUGUG